UACCCUGUAUACUACCUGGUAUUACUAUAAGUUAAAAUAUUUGCUUUUUCCUUAAAUUGUUUAAAAUAUUGUAUUUCAUGAAUUUAUUUAGGUGCUUCGUAGAAGAAAAGCUUGGUUCAAAAUUUGUUGAAUCCAGAUCUCCACCUUUUCAUAAAUCAUUUGAAGAAACUAGUUCAAUCACGCCUGUAUUUUUCAUUCUCUCUCCAGGCGUUGACCCGUUGAAGGACGUCGAAAAACUGGGAAUGCAAUUGGGUUUCACUUUUGGAGGAAGAAAUUUCCAUAAUGUGUCACUGGGUCAAGGUCAAGAACCCAUAGCGGAAGAAGCCAUAGAACUUUCGGCGAACGAAGGCCACUGGGUAAUUUUGCAAAAUGUCCAUUUGGUGAGGAAAUGGUUGCCUACUUUAGAAAAAAAGAUGGAACAAUGCUCGGAGAAUCCACACGAUGAUUAUCGAUUGUUCAUUAGUGCGGAACCCAGUCCUGAUCCUCAUGAAUCAAUAAUACCUCAGGGUAUACUAGAAUCAGCCAUAAAGAUCACUAAUGAACCACCAUCUGGAAUACAAGCAAACAUCCACAAAGCGUUGGAUAACUUUACGCAGGAAACUUUGGAGUCCUGCAGCAAGGAAACCGAAUUCAAAGCAAUAUUAUUUGCACUUUGUUAUUAUCACGCUAUACUUGCAGAACGUAGAAAAUUUGGGGCGCAAGGAUGGAAUAGGUCCUACCCAUUCAACUUCGGUGAUCUAACAAUCAGCGUAUCUGUAUUAUUUAAUUACCUGGAAAAUAGUAUCAAGGUACCUUGGGAGGAUCUUCGUUACUUAUUUGGAGAAAUAAUGUAUGGAGGCCACAUAACAGAUGAUUGGGAUAGAAGACUAUGCAAGACAUAUUUAGUAGAAUAUUUGAAAACGGAAUUAGUUGAAGGUGAAUUAUACCUUGCACCAGAUUUUUUGGUACCACCAAACAGUGAUUAUGAUGCAUAUCAUCAGUACGUCGAUAACUACCUACCUGCUGAAAGUCCUGUUCUGUAUGGACUUCAUCCCAAUGCAGAAAUUGGUAAAUAUAUAUAA